AUGGCUCGAUUAGUGGCCGUUUCGCAUGAAGAUGACCACAAGUACCAGAGCAGGCAACUGCCCUUGCACAUUGAUGGCUGUUCCACGUUGGUUAUCCAGUUUGCUGACAUCUGCAAAGGAUACAAUUUGUCUAACGGCCGAGAUGAUUACAACAGAUUCGUUCAAAAGUUUAAACUUUUUAAUCGGGAGGAGUUAACGAAGUUAUUGAAAGUCUCUUGUAAAGAAAUAAUGGCCGAACUGGCACAGCACAUGCCUUGUGUUGGUUGUAGAAGAUGCGUUGAGGCAAUGUUCCUGCAGUUAACAUCUAAUCAACAUAAAGCACUUGAGCCGCUGGAAUUCAUCGAUAAUUUCCUGACAGUUCAGUUGCAGACUAUGUUAUAUUCUAAAGAAUUGUUUACACUGUUCUGUGCCCAGGGUCCUUACAUAAAGCUGCUUAUAAACUCGAUAAGCAUCGGUCGAAAGAACAAAAGAUGCGCAUUACACUGUCUUGAAUCGCAUAAAAAUAAGUCUAUAAAUCUUUGGUAUGAAGUGUGGUGCUUAAUGGACCAAUCGUGUCAAGAGGAAGUUACUGUACUCGAUUUUUCUGGUCUCUCGACUACUCUGGAUGAGCACCUGAGGAAGCAUAGGUUCUGCCCAGACUGCAAGAAUAAGGUGCAGAGAGCACUAAAACUUCUGAUAAAACACGACUCACAUGAUGCCGAAAACUUGAAUGGGUUCAAUCCUGCACUGUACGAGGGUCUGACUUCGUGCCCAGAAGAACACGUUCACAUCGAUUGCAAGGUGGAUUUCGUUCAGUCGCUCAUCCAGAGGGGAGAAGCUGAUUUCAUUCCAGGCAGCAGGGAACGCCAUGCAAAGACGUGGGACAUAGCACAAGAGGAGGUACUGAAUGGACUCGGGGUGCACCUGCUGGACAGGAUGUUCAAAGUGUGGCAGGGUCUAAAAAUCGAGGAACAGACAUGGCAUCUUCUCUUCUUCUCUGGAGUAGAGGCACUCAAGAAGAAGUUUGAGGUUGCUUGCUUGAUUGGUUAA